GCCGCAUCCACGCGUGUCCGGAAUACAUGGACCGGCCGUCUCUAAGCAUGACAGUCUCCGGUGAUUGUAUAUCGAGAGACCAAAGUUUUCAGCGAGAUGCAAUCGACUUUUAUUCCACACUAUUCCAAGAUUAGCAGCGCAAACCAACCAACCAACCAACCAACCGUCCAAUAAACACUGCAACCAUGCCCGUCACACCACUUCCCGCCAGGCUCGCUGGUCCGCCUCUAAGCGACCGUGAGGCCGUCGCAGACAUUUGUUACGCCUCCUUUGCGUCCCUCGACCACGGCGACGAGCAGCUCCUCAUGUCGGUUGUGACCCCAGAUAUCCACACCUACAUCGCCGGCAAGACAUGCAGCGGCGCUGAGGACCUCAAGGCCAAGGUGUUCGACCAUGUCGGCAAGAAGCUCGACACGAUCCACUACCUGACCAACAUGCGCGUCAGUGUCGACACCCCCACUACGGCCCGCGUCACCUUCACCGCGCAGGCCGUGCAUUGCCGACCUGGCAAGGGCAACGAGCCGGGUCCUAACAAGUACAUGACCGGCGCCAACUACAGCUGCGCGGCUGUCAAGUCGGACGGCGUCUGGAAGCUGAACGAUAUGGAGUCCAACCAUCUUUGGUCCGAGGGCGAUCGAUCCGUCAUGAAAGGUUGAGUCGAAGAAGUGAGGUUGGGCUUUACGCCCACGAGAGAUAUUGAUCGGGAGACUGGAAGCACGGAUCAUGUAUGACUUGGAUUUAUUUUAUCUAAACCUUGCUCGAGUUUAUAA